CCUCCCACGCCGGUGUCAGGUUUACGGAACACAGCACCCAGACCAGACGCGCGGUGGCCUGGCGGAUUCCAUUCGCCUGACCCGGCCUGGCUUGACCCUGUCUGGACGAACCAUGUUCGCGCGUGGAUCCCGCAGACGCCGCUCCGGGCGUGUGCCUCCAGAAGGGGACGACCCAGACCGGGGCCAACCUUGCAACUCCUGCAAAGAGCAGUGCCCGGGCUUCCUCUUGCACGGGUGGAGAAAGAUCUGCCAACACUGCAAAUGCCCGAGGGAGGAACAUGCAGUGCACACAGUGCCUGUGGAUUUGGAACGCAUCAUGUGUCGCCUAAUCUCGGACUUCCAGCGCCACUCCAUCUCUGACGAUGACUCGGGUUGUGCUUCAGAAGAAUAUGCCUGGGUGCCCCCUGGCCUUAAACCCGAGCAGGUAUACCAGUUUUUCAGCUGCCUUCCAGAGGACAAGGUCCCUUAUGUCAACAGUCCUGGAGAGAAAUAUAGGAUCAAGCAACUGCUGCACCAGCUGCCUCCACAUGACAGUGAGGCCCAGUACUGCACAGCAUUGGAAGAGGAGGAGAAGAAAGAGCUCAGAGCCUUCAGCCAGCAGCGGAAGCGGGAGAAUCUGGGGCGUGGCACCGUACGCAUCUUCCCAGUGACCAUCACUGGGGCCAUCUGUGAGGAAUGUGGAAAGCAGAUCGGAGGUGGGGACAUCGCAGUGUUUGCAAGCCGUGCAGGCCUGGGCACCUGUUGGCACCCACAGUGCUUUGUGUGUACCACCUGCCGGGAACUGCUUGUUGACCUCAUCUACUUCUACCAUGCUGGCAAGGUGUACUGUGGGCGGCACCAUGCUGAGCGCCUGCGCCCACGCUGCCAGGCCUGCGAUGAGAUCAUCUUCUCCCCUGAGUGCACAGAGGCUGAGGGCCGGCACUGGCACAUGGGUCACUUCUGCUGCUUCGAGUGCGAAGCUUCACUAGGAGGGCAGCGAUAUGUCAUGCGUCAGAGCCGCCCCCACUGCUGCGCCUGCUACGAGGCCCGCCAUGCCGAGUACUGUGAUGGCUGUGGGGAGCACAUUGGUCUGGACCAGGGCCAGAUGGCUUACGAGGGCCAGCACUGGCACGCCUCAGAUCACUGCUUCUGCUGCAGUCGCUGUGGUCGAGCCCUGCUCGGCCGGCCCUUCCUGCCCCUCCGCGGCCUAAUCUUCUGCUCUCGAGCUUGCAGCCUUGGGUCUGAGCCCACCGCCCCAAGGCCAGGCCGACGAAGCUGGAGCUCAGGCACUGUCACGGCCCCACUCGCAGCCUCCACAGCCUCUUUCACUGCUGUGGAGGGGAGGUCCGAGACAGCCACCAAAGGCACCAGCACAGAGGCAACGUCAGCUAUAGGCCCGGAGGAGCCCUCCCGAUUUCUGAGAGGGGCCCCCCACCGCCACUCCAUGCCAGAACUUGGGCUCCGAAGUGCUCCAGAGCCAACCCUGGAGUCUCCUGGACAACCGGACCUGUGCCAGGAAGAUAAUGUCUUUGGUCGCCACAGCACCCCACGAGUCAGCUUCAGAGACCCACUGGUGUCCGAGGGAGGUCCACGGCGGACCCUGAGUGCACCCCCUGCCUGGCGCCGCAGGCCACGAAGUCCCCCACCCAGAGCCCCCAGCCGGCGCAGGCGGCAUCACAGACAUCAUCACCACCACCACCACCAUCAUCACAGCCACUCCAGCAGACGGGGCCGCCAUCGAUGUGACUUGGCAUCAGAGUCAGACUCAGGCUCUUGCUCCAGUUCACUCUCCAGUUCCAGCUCUGAGUCCUCCGAGGAUGAUGGCUUCUUCCUAGGAGAACGGAUCCCAAUGCCCCCACACCUGUGCAAGCCCGCAGCUGCUCAGGAUGCUGCAACCGAGACCAACUCCACAGCCCUGCAGCUCCCUGGGGACUCUCAGCUACGGAUGCCUCGACAGGCCCGAGAUAAGAAUUGCAUAGUGGCUUGAAAGCUGACAGCCCCACACAGGGCUCCAUUUUCCACACAAUACCACCACAAACUAAGUCAUAAAGCCCUUUCCUUCCUCCCAUUUUCCUGUUUGUAUCGCUGAAGUAAUGUUUAAAACAGGCCUGGCUUCUUUGCCUCCUGGCCCCAGCUGGCCCCCCCAAACACUUCCUCCUGAUGCUUGAGAUCUAUCUAUAUUUGGUCAAAGGAUUAAUUUAUUCAUUAUAUAGAUUUUAGCAACUGUUUAUUAUUUAUUUUCCACUCCAGAGAACCACCUUCCACACUGAGAAGGUCAUUUCCCAUGGAUCACCCUAUAGAGCGCGUGCUCUGAAAUUAGAGGCAGUCCUCUCUUUGUGGCUUAGGCAGGAGUGUGGGUCCACAAAAGACCGAUGUCUCCUGUCAGAUGCUGAAGAAAGGGAGACCUAACCACAAGCUUAAAGGCAACCACAACUGGGAGGGCUGCUUGGCAAGCUGGAAGACCAAAUUCUCCCAAUAAAGGCACUUUUACCUCAAUAA